GUUCAAUUAAAAACAGCAUUUGGAGAGGAUUAACUCACUGAUCCUGAGAACUGGAGUCAAGUCGAGACCCCAAUAAGGACGACGAGCAUGCAGAUAAGCUUCCCUGAGACAGUUAGUGCAGAAAUCCUUUGGUUAUGCACUCCGAUUGUUUCAGCAGCUGUCCGAGUGGCUGGUCUCAGACGAUCAUGGAGGUGAACAUGCUGAAUGUGGAGGACCUGGGCUGGUGUGGUUACCCGAGGCCGGUUGGAUGUACUGCCAAAUCCUCUGAAACACCUUUGGAGACGGCUUAUGGGAUAAUAAAAAGAACAUAUUUGUACUAUGAAUAGUCAAGAAGAAACUCAGUCGGACCUUCACCACUGCUUAGAGUGUGGAAAGAGUUUUAGUCAAGAGAAGGAUCUCACAGCACACCAGCUCAUCCACAAACAAGACAAACAACAUCAGUGCUCACAGUGUGGAAAGGGUUUCAAUUAUAAAUGUCUUCUCCAACAACAUCAGCGCACUCAUACAGGAGAGAAGCCGUAUCAGUGCUCACAGUGUGGAAAGAGUUUUACUCAAGGGAAGUAUCUCACAGCACACCAGCUCAUCCACAGCCAAGAAAAACCACAUCAGUGCUCAAAGUGUGGAAAGAGUUUCAUUUUUAAACAUCGUCUCCAGAAACACCAGCUCACUCAUACUCGAGAGAAGCCGCAUAAGUGCUCCCAGUGUGGAAAGAGUUUUGCUAGCAUGAGAGAUUUGAAAUCACACGAGUACGUCCAUACAGGAGAGAAGCUGCAUCAGUGCUCACAGUGUGAAAAGAGGUUUUUUCAAGAGAAGGAUCUCGCAGCACACCAGCGCAUCCACAGACUAGACAAGCCACAUCAGUGCUCACAGUGUGGAAAGAGUUUCAUUCAUAAAUAUCGUCUCCAAGAACAUCAUCGCACUCAUACAGGAGAGAAGCCGCAUCAGUGCUCACAGUGCGGAAAGAGUUUUGCUAACAUGAGAAAUUUGAAAGCACAUGAGUAUAUCCAUACAGAAGAGAAGCCACAUCAGUGCUCACAGUGUGGGAAGAGUUUUGUUUACUUGAGAAAUUUGAAAGCACACCAACGCAUCCAUGAAGGAGAAAACCCAUAUCUGUGCUCACUGUGUGGAAAGGGUUUUAUUAACAAAAGUCAUUUUCAACAGCAUCAACAGAUUCACACUGGAGACAAACCGUAUCACUGUUCACCAUGUGGAAAGAGUUUUAAUCAAAAUGAUUCUCUCCAGCAACAUCCUCGCAUUCACACUGGAGACAAACCGUAUCAUUGUUCUCAGUGUGGGAAGAGUUUUACUCAAAAGGGCUCUCUUCUGCAACAUCAGCGUAUUCACACUGGAGAAAACCCGUAUCAUUGUUCUCAGUGUGGGAAGAGUUUUACUCAAAAGAGCUGUCUUCUGCAACAUCAGCUUAUUCACACUGGGGAGAAGCCAUAUUUUUGCUCAGAGUGUGGGAAGAGUUUUAGUAAUUUGAGCAAUUUCCGGCGACAUCAGCGUAUUCACACUGGCGAAAAACCGUAUCAUUGUUCUCAGUGUGGGAAGAGUUUCAUUCAAAAGGGCUGUCUUCUGCAACAUCAGCGUAUUCACACUGGGGAGAAGCCAUAUUAUUGCUCAGUGUGUGGGAAGAGUUUUAGUAAUUUCAGCAAUUUCCAACACCACCAGCGCAUUCACACUGGAGAGAAGCCGUAUUACUGCUCUGUGUGUGGAAAGAAUUUUACUCAAAACAGCUAUUUAAAAACCCAUUUUCGCACGCAUAUUGUAGGGAGAGGGAAAAGGUUUUCUCAAGCUUCAUGUCCUUGAGGGGCUGCUUUAGGGCCACAAACUGGGAUGCCCUAUUUGAAACACAUGGUGAGGACAUUGAUGGACUAAUUGACUAAUACAGGGUUAGUAUAAUGGGGGCUAAGGUUUGGAGAUUGUGAAUUAAUUAAAUAUGUUCUUUAAUAAUUUUAAUGUAGAUCUGGGAGCUCCUGUGCUCCCAGAUCACUGGGAGCACAGGAGCAGCAUGCUCUGUCCUCCUUCAGUACUGGGAUUCAAACACCAGGAACAAUUGGAACUGUGGCAGGUUCCUCAGUCUGUCCUUGCUCUGUAGCUUCAAUAAACAUUACAAUACAUACUGUGAUGCCAUCUUAAGCUCAUUGCCACCUGCCCCUCUUUCCUAGCUUACCUUUGUUCCCUGGUGACAGGACCCUUUGCAGUUUCUCCA